GCCAAACGCCGCGCUCAGCACAGUGCGCUGAGGAAAGCGCGCGACGCCUCCCUUAUAGGAGCGGAGCUGCUGCCCGCGGACGCUCGCAAGUGGCGCCCAGACACGGUGGAGACAGGCGCCCUGGCAGUGCCAGGGACAGCUCACCCGUCCCCUUCCUUCGGCCUCGGGGGGCUGCUGCUGCCUCCUUCCUAGGGGUCUCCCCGCUCCAGCCCGCCUGGGCGCUGCUCGACCCACAGAGGCGGGGGAGCGCGGGAUCGGCAGUUGCUGCUCUCCGCCUGUUGCAGCGCUGUAUGCCGCCGGGGGUGGGGGCUGCCAGGCGCGCUGUGGAGGAAGGCGGCGGCUGGUGGAGGCGUCGCUGUACCCGGCUGCACUUGGCGAAAAGCGGGAGGGCACCAAGGCGGAGACCGAGCGAAGCAGCGCGCAGCCAGGCUCCCCCAGAUGCUGACCCGGCUACUGCCCGGGAGGGCGCCGCGCGCAAAGGGGUGCUGCCUGCCCUGGCUCCCGGGACAGGGGGAAGGGGCUGUGACUCCCCGAGGAGAAAAGAGCGGCCGCCAGCCGGCAAGGGAGACCGAGGGACCGUCUGAGCCUCAUCCUCUGCCUUCUGCGUCUGACACAGCAGCAGGCUGGUCCCGGGGUGACUCGAACUACCCUCCAGAGAGCGAGCGGGGCUGAAGGACUGUCAGCACAGCCCCGCUCUGGCACCCCCCACUGUAGGGCUGACCCUCUAACACGGGAGAAGGAUUAGCCCCCCAGCAGGUGGAGUGCCCGAGGGGCACGGCCCCAGGAUCAGCUCUGACUCGGGGUGUUAACCCCUCGGACUGGUGAGCUCUACCUUGACUCCGCGUGGUCCGUGCGAGGCGUCGCUCUGCGUUAGCGCAUCGGUUACUACCGAGCGGUGUUAGCCAGCAGGUGCCAGGCUCCGUCUGAGCUUUACCGCUCCCGCGGGGCGUCGAGUUUGAUUUGAGCUGACCAAGUUUACAAACCCGGCGUUGACAGGGAGCGAAAGCCGAUGGGGACUUUCCCUGGGCAGGAAGAUGCCCCGGGUCUCCAGCUUCAGUAUUCGAUCUGAACCGAAUUGAUAAUUCUAGGUUCCACUCCACUUUCUUCUGCACAAGUUCCGUCCUGAGGGCCACAGGCUCUGCUUGGCUCUUUCCCCAACUGUUCACACUGUGAUCUGCACUGUGCAAGGAUUGAGACUCUGGGGACUGUUUGGUGACCAUGGAGGGGGCUGCUCUGAUCUCUCCACUGCAUUUUAAAGUCGAGGGGGGACUCCUGCGUGGCUGCAAGCUCGGGAAGUUCCCGCGGCCGCUCUGAAGGCGCAGACAUGCCGGGAAAGGUCAGGGACAGUAUGGCUCUGACUUGUGUGAAGGAAAGGAAGAAGGUCUCGCUUUGGGAGCAUGGAGAGAUGAGUUCACACGUUUGCACCUGAGCGCUCCGGAGACAGCAGCUUCGCAUGGAGUUCGGUCCCUCUCAUCCCUCGUGGCAAGCUGAAGUUGCGUUGUUGGGGUCCCUUGGCUAAGUGGAGGCGUGUGGGACAGAGGAAGGAAAGGAUCCGAAACUUGACGAGAAGAGCAGACCAGGCUGUGUCGGGCGCCCCCGAGACCAGAUUGUUUGUCCGAGGACGGAAAGUCACUUUCUGAGCCAGCAGACCCAAGUGGGCGUCUUGAGAAAUGGCCCGGAGCGCCCGAGGAUGAGCCCCAGCUCCGAGAGCCGUCUGAAGGGCGGGAAAGUGGCGAUAAAGAUUCACGAAGCGCUGCACGCCUCUGUCAUCCAAGUGCCCUGGAGAGGCCGGCCGGAUCCGCCGGCAGAGAUGCGGGGUGGCCAUGGAUCGCGCUGCUCACGGCCCCUGGCAGCCCUGGCCCCGGGAGUAUAACCGAGGACGCCGCUACGCUUGUCGGAGUUUGGGGGAGCUGCAGUCGGGUGCAAACGUAGUGCCGGGCUCCAGCAGCCCCCUCGGCCUGGUCCCCCGGGGCGGAGGAUGGCGUGGCGCGGCUGCUGCUGCUCCAGCCUGGGUCACCUGAAUGAGGAUAACGCCCGCUUCCUGCUGCUGGCCGCGCUCAUCAUCCUGUACAUGCUGUGCGGGGCCGCCGUGUUCUCGGCCAUCGAGCUGCCCACCGAGAGGGAAGCCAAGGAGAAGUGGGAGGAGAGGUUCGUCAACUUCAGCCAGAGGCACAACCUGAGCCGGGCAGAGCUGCAAGACUUCCUCCGGGAGUACCAAGAGGCCAGUGUGGCCGGGAUCCGGGUCGAUGACAUCAGACCCCGAUGGGAUUUUACCGGGGCCUUUUAUUUUGUGGGGACUGUGGUUUCAACAAUAGGGUUCGGCAUGACCACCCCAGCCACCGUUGGAGGAAAAAUUUUUCUGAUAUUUUAUGGCCUUAUAGGAUGUGCAGGGACCAUUUUAUUCUUUAACCUGUUCCUGGAGCGCUUGAUCACGGUCAUAGCCUACAUCAUGAAAUCCUGCCAUGAGAGACAGCUGAGGAGAAAAGGGGUCCUCCCUCAUGACAGCCGGCGAGGCUCAGGGAACUCUGAGGUGGACAGCUUGGCAGGGUGGAAGCCAUCUGUGUACUAUGUCAUGCUCAUUUUAUGUGUAGCAUCACUUAUCAUUUCCUGUUGUGCCUCUGCAAUGUACACACCGAUUGAAGGGUGGAGUUACUUUGACUCACUUUACUUUUGCUUCGUGGCCUUCAGCACUAUUGGUUUUGGUGACCUGGUCAGUAGCCAAAAUGCCCAGUAUGAAAGCCAAGGCCUUUACCGAUUUGGCAACUUUGUCUUCAUACUCAUGGGGGUUUGCUGUAUCUAUUCCUUAUUUAAUGUGAUCUCGAUUGUUAUCAAACAGUCCAUAAACUGGAUAUUAAAGAAGCUGGAUUGCAGGUGCUGCCCCAGAUGCCAAAGAAAAUUCUUUAGGUCACGGAGGAAUGUUGUGAUGCCAGGGAAUGUGCGGAGCCGGCGGAACAUCUCCAUUGAGACUGAUGGCGUCAAUGAGAGCGACACAGAUGGACGCCGGCUGUCUGGCGAGAUGAUCUCCAUGAAAGAUUUCUUAGCCUCCAACAAAGUGUCACUGGCCAUCAUGCAGAAACAGCUGUCAGAAACUGCCAAUGGCUACCCAAGGCAGUUGAACUCUAGUUCUAAACAUAAUGGAUUCUCUGGCGGGGUAGGAGCCCUAGCGAUUAUGAAUAAUAGGCUGGCAGAGACAAGCGUGGAUAGGUAAAAAAAAAAAUCAAAACAAUGGGAAAUGCAUCAACAAGUAUAGAAGUAACUAGGGAAUGAAUGUCAUCA